AUUGUAAUUUGAAUCUUGAUAUUUUGUAUUUCACGCCCUUUUAUAAAGUGAAACAGCGGAACGGUCACGUAUUAAUGCCGGGAGUAAAGAGUCAUUAUAAUUGUAUUUUGUAAUUACUAUUGUAUGAUGUGUUAUAUUAUUUCAACAAGUACCUACAUCUGAAACUUCAAUGAACAGCUGCUAAAAAUAUGGGUAAAUCAAAAUUAAAGAGAAAGAAAUGGACAAAGAAUUUAAAAGAUGAACCAAAAGAUUCAGGCGUUCCUAUACCGAAUCUACCAGAAAAGUUUCUUCUGAUGCGUGUGAAAAGUGGCACGAAGCUUAGAAACGUUUUAGGAUAUGCAUUGAAAGAAUUUUCAAAAUACAAUAACGUUGUUUGGACUGCAGCAGGUCAGGGGAUUGGAAAAGCCAUUUCCUGUGCGGAGAUUUUUAAGAAGAAACAAGGAAACCUUCAUCAGAUUACCAAGCUGCAUUACGUCGAAUCGACGAAAUCGAGAACGGAAAAGAAAGGUGAUUUGAACGUAGAAACUCGCCAUGUACCGGAAAUACACAUUCUGUUAGCGAAAGAGAUAAAGGACACAUCAGAACCUGGUUACCAAGCACCCGAUGAUUGUGGAGAAUUUUUAAACGAUGAAGAUGUGAAAAAUAACAAAAAAGAUAGGAGACAGGAAGCUGGUAAUAUGUCCUGCAUUGACGCUGAGGAAUUUGCAGCUAUGGGCUUGAGAACGGGUCAAAAAAGACCGAAAAAAGAGCAGCAAGCUGAAGCGCCACCUAAAAAAAAUAAGAAGAGAGAUGGAUGAACGAUUAUAAAAAAAGAAAAUGAGUUACAUUGUAAAUAAACUUAAAAAAGAAAUACAUAACAAAACUCUGAUUGUAUACCUUGUAAUUAG